AUGUCCCGCUCGGAGGAGGUGAACCGGCUGACCGAAAACGUCUAUCGGAAUUGGGAUCAUGAGGAUAGUAAUGCCUAUGGGAAGCUGGAGUAUGUUGAUACUCACCAGUAUUUCUUAAAUUAUGGAGCCACUUUCGAUAUCGCAGAGAACUUGGUUGCACCAGCGCCGCUUGAGUCCAUCGCAUACGCAGAACUCAAGAAGAUGCUCAAAGAACAUUUUGUGCCCAAGCUUUCAGUCAUCGCUUGGCGGCACGCUUUUGAACAGCAAGACCAGUGUCCCGGCAAGUCCGCCGCCGACUUCAUAGCCACCCUUCGCCAAGCUGCAUGGCCAUGCGAAUUCAAAGAUCUUGAAGAAAGGCUGCGGGACCGCUUAGUUUGUGGUCUAAGGAGCCGAGAACUGCAACAGAAGAUCUUUGCUAAAGAGACUAUCUCAUUUCAAGACGCGUUGAGGGAGAUAAUGGCCGAAGAAGCAGCCGGUGGAUCUGUUAAGGCCUUGCGGCUCUCCAAGAACCCUCCUUGCACGGAGGCCGUCCACCACGAGAACGUCGAGAGAGUUGAAGACUCUGACUCGGACCACGGACCACAGCAACCCCCGGAAAGAAGGCCUCAACGGCAACCUGACAAGGCAGUUUCCUUCUCUCGGUGUAUCGGGUGUGGAGGCCAACACAAACGGGCUGACUGUCGGUUCCACACAGCCACAGCCACAAAUUUGGCACAGGCCUACCAGCAGCUGCCGGUGGACAACGCCACGGCGGAGGCCCAAACCAUUGUAACCCACUGGGGAGCCUUCAAGUCACUCCAAGUGGCUAGAGCUCGUUCCAGUGUCCAGUAUGACUACUGCCAGGACCAUCCAGGCAUUGCGCCCACGGGACAUUGCUCUCAAUCGGCUUUUCACGCCGAUCCGGUGGAUUCUACUCCACCACCACGGAACUCUGGCUCAGGCCUACCGGAACAGGCCAGCCACAGGGAAAUGGACAAAGGCUUGGGUCUACUGGAACAGGCCAGCCUUCACAAAUCGGCUUUACCCGUGUCGGACGGGUCACACAGGCCCGGUCUGCCGAGCCUGGCAGGCGAGCUUGCAGAUCGGGAGCUAGCAGCAGCUCUGAGACGUUCGGAGCGGGUGAAAGGCCCACCAAAAUUUUUAAAGGACUACGUGAUUCUGGACCAGUUCAACCCAAGCUUAAGGAAUUUUGUUACCAUGGGGAAAAAUUAUCAAAAAGCCCUCUCAGGGGUUACUGUUGCUGCCAAAGGCUACUUUGAUGCCUUGGUGAAACUUGGUGAGUUGGCCAGUGACAGCCAAGGAUCCAAGGAGCUGGGUGAUACCUUGUUCCAAAUGGCUGAAGACCACAGGCAGAUGCAAGUACAGUUAGAGGAGACGCUGAAAUUUUUCCACUCUGAGAUGCUAUCCCAACUGGAACACAAACUGGAGCUGGAUAUCAAGUAUCUGAUGUAUGUGGAAAUCAUGAGCACCAAGCAAAGCGAGCUGAAUCGGUUUGUGGCGGAAGGCUACAAAGCAGCCCUGAUGGAGGAACGGCGCCGGUACUCGUUCCUGGUGGACCGCCAGUGUGCUGUUUCCAAGCACUUUAGCAAUUAUCACAGCAAGGUGCAGGAGCUGUUGGCAGCCAGACUGCCCGUCUGGCAAACAUCGUGCACCCAACCUACUCGUUUACCUGAGCGGGCAUUGGCUUUGGUCAAGCUCACAGCCAACAACACCACAGCUGGCAUUUCUGUUCCAGCCAUGGAUCCCCUCCUUGUCUCCAAGACCCUGGAAGAGCCUUUAGAAUUGGGACAAAAUCACCGGACUUCAAUCCAGGAAGGAACAUUGCUGCUAAAUGGUGAUUUGCACCGAGGGCGGGGAUUCCGUGACUUCAAUCACCUGCCAGUCAGUGAGUUCCUCACCACCACCACCUCAGGUCUGACCCCCACCCAGCCCACUUCACAAAUCAAGAUUGCUGACAGCUACUCUUGCACUCUGCCAAUGCCACACAAGAUGUCAAUGGAAACUCACCUGGCAACUGUAGUAGAGAACAAGACCCUGCCCCACAUUAAUCCUCUUUCAAUCCUGCCUCCACGUUCCGAACGUCUGAGAGUCCAGGCAAUCUUCUCACAUUUGGCCGGAGAGAACAGCACCCUUCUCAACUUCCAAGAAGGAGACGUCAUCCUUUUAUUGGUGACUGAGGCAAGGGACGGCUGGCAUUAUGGGGAAAACGAGGCAACCAGAAUGAAAGGUUGGUUUCCAUUUUCCUACACCCGACCCUUUCCCUCAGCUGAAGGAGCUAACAAACUACUUAGCAGUGGCUUCCUUCUUAGCAAGUUGAACAGUAGCAGCACGGGAAAUUUGGAUCCAGCUGGAUCUCCAACUGCUGAACCUGAUGGGGAAGAUGAUUUACGGUUUGGCCCUUCAGCCCGUAUCAGUGCGUCUCGACAACGACCUUACAGCAUGCUAAAUCCUGACCUGUCACAAUUGGCAAAUGAGUUUGGAAGUCCAUCUGCCUCUCCUUCAAGGAUCAAUCCCUUUGCUCAUGUUAAGCUGAAAGGUACGGUGACCAAUGACCGCUCAGUCCCACUCAUCCAGUGA